GUUCCUCCAUUCCCCUCAGAGACUGCAAUAGCUAUUGUUGAAGAGGAGCUUGGAGCUCCUAUAAAGAGCAUCUUUGAUCAGUUUGACUAUGAACCGAUAGCUGCUGCAAGUCUUGGUCAGGUUCAUCGUGCAAGGUUAAAGGGACAGGAGGUUGUUGUUAAAGUGCAAAGGCCUGGUCUCAAGGAUCUUUUUGAUAUUGAUCUUAAAAAUCUGAGGGUUAUAGCUGAGUAUCUUCAAAAAGUUGAUCCUAAAUCAGAUGGUGCAAAGAGGGACUGGGUUGCUAUUUAUGACGAGUGUGCAUCCGUUUUAUAUCAGGAGAUUGAUUACACGAAGGAAGCUGCUAAUGCAGAACUGUUUGCAAAUAACUUUAAGAACAUGGAUUAUGUGAAAGUCCCUACAAUCAUUUGGGAUUAUACCACACCACAGAUGCUUACAAUGGAGUAUGUUCCAGGGAUUAAAAUAAACAAAAUACAAGCAUUAGAUCAGCUGGGUGUUGACCGAAAAAGGUUAGGGCGAUAUGCUGUUGAGUCUUACUUGGAGCAGAUUCUAUCUCAUGGAUUCUUCCAUGCUGACCCUCAUCCUGGAAAUAUUGCAGUGGAUGAUGUUAAUGGCGGAAGGUUGAUCUUCUAUGAUUUUGGAAUGAUGGGAAGUAUCAGUCCAAAUAUCCGGGAAGGAUUACUGGAAGCUUUCUACGGGGUUUAUGAGAAGGAUCCAGACAAGGUCCUUCAAGCAAUGAUUCAAAUGGGUGUCCUUGUCCCAACUGGAGAUAUGACUGCUGUGAGAAGAACAGCACCCUCAAUCCUCAAUAGGUAGUUUAUUGGAUAUAUU